AAGAAAUUGAAAUCAGUUGACGGGAGACGUUCGAGAAGUAGCGUUGACGUCUGUUUUGGCAGCGGAUCAUUGGAAGGGGACUGUGAGUGGGCAACGGAGCCAUUGGCCGUGCAGAAAAAGUGAAACAUAAAAGUUGAUUUGUGCGAUCGGGAAGUGCUAUAACGUGAAUUAGACGUGUGUAGACUUGUGUGUACGUGUGUGUGUGGUGACUUUGAAUCGCGAGUGUUACAGUGACACAGUGCGUCGUUUGCCAAAUUGCUACUUUUAAGCGCCGCUGAAGUGUGCAUAAGCGCUUCGCGUCUCUUUCGUCGCUUUUGACAAUUACUCCGCGGACACCUUUUAUUUAUUUUAUUAAUUUAUUUCGCGUUCGCUGCCUGGAGCUGGCAUCUAACUUUUGUUAGAUUAUGUGAACGUUUAAUUGAGACGAAUUGGGAAUUUUGAUGAGUGCGCAACAACAAACACACAACAAAUAUUUCACUUUGUCAGCAUAGAGACAGCUUGUAGCUCUUUUCGUCGAAGCAUUCGAGUCGCGCGCAAAGAAAUUCACUUCCGACCACAACAAGUAAAACUUAAUUGCACCAAGUGAAGCAACUGCGGGUAGCUGCCAGACCGUAGAGCCGUAGACACAAUGAGCGGUGUGCGCGGAUUGUCUGUCAAUUUGUGGCGCAACAGCGUCAAUGGUAAUGCUGUUGCUGUUGGCGGCCGCAUUGUGGCAAGCGUCAAGUUCAACGAGAUCGGCGAUCAUCAGAAGGCCUUCGCCACCAAAUCCGGAGCGGUGUCUUCGGCUAAUGUCCGAGAAAAUUCAAGUGCUGCCGCGACGGCGACCACGGCUACCAGUCCCGAAAUGGCGUGUCCACAUAUGGCUAACGGCGGCGCUGCGGUGCAUGAGACGAGCGAGUGGCAGAAUGCACUGCCAUACAACGAGAUACCCGGUCCGAAGCCCAUACCCAUACUGGGCAACACCUGGCGAAUGAUGCCCAUAAUCGGCCAAUACACGAUAUCAGACGUCGCGAAGAUCUCGUCACUUUUACACGAACGCUAUGGACGCAUCGUACGCUUUAGCGGUCUCAUCGGGCGCCCCGAUCUGCUGUUCAUAUACGAUGCCGACGAAAUCGAAAAGUGCUAUCGCAAUGAGGGUGCGACUCCGUUCCGACCAUCCAUGCCAAGUUUGGUAAAAUACAAAGGUGAAAUACGGAAGGAUUUCUUCGAGGACAUCGGAGGAGUAGUGGGUGUUCAUGGUGAGCCUUGGCGUCAAUUUCGGUCACGUGUACAAAAGCCGGUGCUACAAUUGUCGACCAUCAGACGUUAUCUGAAGCCAUUAGAAGUGGUCACAAAUGACUUUUUGGAGCGCUGUGAACAGCUUUUGGAUGAGAACUCAGAAUUGCCAGAGGACUUUGACAACGAAAUCCACAAAUGGUCCUUGGAGUGCAUCGGACGUGUUGCCCUCGAUACGCGACUCGGUUGCUUGGAGUCUAAUCUCUCGCCAGACUCUGAACCACAGCAAAUUAUCAUUGCUGCCAAAUAUGCGCUACGCAAUGUGGCAACCCUUGAGCUGAAAGCUCCAUACUGGCGUUAUUUCCCUACGCCACUCUGGACCCACUAUGUCAAGAACAUGAAUUUCUUUGUAGAAGUUUGCAUGAAAUAUAUUGGCAAUGCAACGGAGCGUUUAAAGCAACAAGGACCAAGUCGUGACGGUGAACCCUCGCUGCUGGAAAAAGUCAUACUCGCCGAGAAGAAUGAAAAGGUGGCUACCAUUAUGGCUUUGGAUUUAAUUUUGGUGGGCAUUGACACGAUAUCUAUGGCAGUGUGCUCCAUACUCUAUCAAUUGGCAACACGCCCUGCCGAGCAACAAAAGGUGCGUGAGGAACUCAAACGCGUAUUACCCGAAGCAGACAGCGAGCUUUCCAUACAACGCCUUGACCAAAUGCACUACCUGAAAGCGUUUAUUAAAGAGGUCUUCCGCAUGUACAGCACAGUAAUCGGCAACGGUCGUACUUUGCAGGAAGAUACCGUAAUCUGUGGCUACCGAAUACCCAAAGGUGUGCAAGCCGUUUUUCCGACACUUGUCACCGGGCAAAUGGAAGAAUUCGUUUCUGAUGCGGCAUCCUUCAAGCCAGAACGGUGGUUAAAAGCCAACCAAGGGGGCACCGGUGACCACUUACAUCCAUUCGCAUCCCUGCCAUAUGGAUAUGGUGCCCGCAUGUGUUUGGGUAGACGUUUCGCUGACUUAGAAAUGCAAAUUCUGCUAGCCAAGCUACUACGCAAUUACAAGCUGGAAUAUAAUCACAAGCCUUUGGAUUACGCUGUGACGUUUAUGUACGCUCCUGAUGGGCCACUGAGGUUUAAGAUGACCAGAGCGGAUUAAUUGCAAGCGUAGCAUAUUAAGACUAAUAUUUAAGUGUUCAUUUAUAAUCGAUUUUAUGAAUAAUCAUUCAAUGUAUAUAUAGAGUAAAUGAAAUUUAUUUUAAUUUACUGUAUGAAACAAGUAUAAAAUCUAUCCAUAUAAAUACAAUUUAAUUUAAAACAUCUUAAAUUAAUUAAGAAAAAUGAAAAUUAAAUUGGAAAUUUUUUUGAUGCUAAUUA